GCGAGCGGCGGGCGCGUCCCUGCGACACUGAGGCGCCCGAGCCCGGCCCCGGAGCGACCCGCCCGGGCCGCCCCCGCCCUGCCGGCACCAUGAUGGAGGAGAUAGACCGGUUCCAGGUGCCCACCGUGCGCGCCGAGAUGCAGCCGCUGGAUCCAACAGCUGCAUCUAUCUCAGACCGAGACUGCGAUACAAGGGAGGGAGAGACCGUAGCCAUGAACUAUAAACCAUCCCCACUUCAAGUGAAACUAGAGAAGCAGAGGGAGUUAGCUCGAAAGGGGUCCCUGAAGAACGGCAACAUGGGAAGCCCAGUUAAUCAGCAGCCCAAGAAGAACAAUGUGAUGGCUCGAACAAGGCUGGUUGUUCCCAAUAAAGGCUAUUCAUCAUUAGAUCAGAGCCCAGAUGAAAAGCCACUGGUAGCACUGGAUACGGACAGCGAUGAUGACUUUGACAUGUCCAGAUAUUCCUCUUCGGGAUAUUCUUCAGCUGAGCAGAUCAACCAAGACUUGAACAUCCAGCUGCUAAAGGAUGGCUAUCGGUUAGAUGAGAUCCCAGACGAUGAGGACCUCGACCUAAUCCCCCCUAAAUCAGUCAACCCCACCUGCAUGUGCUGCCAAGCCACCUCCUCCACCGCCUGCCACAUCCAGUAAUGAGGACGGCAGGCUGUGAUCAGUGCUUUCCACUAUAACUGUAAAACUUAACAGCCAUUGCUUCCUCCUAUGGUAGGACGUGCACCUCUUUGUGUUCAUGGAGCCAGGAGAAACCAAAACUCCAUUUUAUGAUUGGUUGAUGAGUUAUUUUAAGCUAUGGUUAACAGACAUAAGCUGCUCCAAGUGCCAGGCUGGAGUCUGAGCAAUUGGCUGGUCUGGAAAGCUAAUGCAAAUGGGUCCAGUGAUCCCUGGGUCUGGACAGGCUCUGGGUAUGGUUUGUAAGGUGCAUGUACUGGAUUGAGAAGGAUCAGAUGUGGCUGCAGUUAAUCCUACCCGUCACAACUAAUCCAACUGCGAGUUCAACUGAGUCUAAGUUGUAAGGUCUUUCUAACCCGGGGAAAGGUCAUUUUUUAAUUCAUUCACUGAAACUGAUCAGUUUGUGCCAACCAAAAUUGUACCUGAAUAGGAACAGAGUGGAGUAUUCUAGACUAUGGCAGUGCUGCUGGCAAGGAUUAAUAUACCCUGGAAAUCAGUUACACACAAACCGAACAUGUAGGAGGAAUUUCAUUCUGGGUUAAUACCAAACUUUACUUGGACUGUCAUGUCACAGAUCUGAUGUAACCUACUGUUAUUUCCAUAUGAGAUUAGCAGCAAACAGAUAAAAUUCUGUCCACAAUCCA